AUGGACAAUUUAAAUGGUGAUGAUUCUGAGCCCAACUCUACGACAGAUUCGAGACAUUCUGAUAAUGAUGCUCGUAAAAAGAAAGGUCGCAAAGGAACACGCCUUAAGCACCUUAGCCUACAAAAUGGGGAAAAGGUGAAAGUGACUUUUGAUUGUCACUUAGAGCCAAAUGGGCCAGAUGAAGUGAGUAUCAAUGAGUUCAAAAAGUAUCUCGGCGUUUUAGCUCGGACCAAAGUUAGCAUUUUAGCUAGUUGUUGGAACAAUGGAGUGUCUGACAAGAAUAAAGAGCAACUUUGGCAAGCUGUACUGGGUAGCGAAAUUUUUUAG